UCGGCGCGUGAUCUUAGGUUAUCCUCACGCUUGACCAACAUCAUCCAUCGGGCUUUACUAGCACUUUCGACCGAGCUCAGACGAUAUGUCCUUUUCUUUUCUUGCUCGGUGCUGUGAAACAGCAAGAAGUCCAUUCUCUUUACUUGGUUCUGUGCGGACUGCUACCAAACGUGCUGGAGGAACAGUUCGAAACCAUGGAGGAUCGCCGGGUAAGCGUCUGGGUCUCAAGAAGUUUUCUGACCAGUAUGUCAUUCCCGGCAACAUUAUAGUACGACAACGGGGAACGCAAUUCCACCCAGGGCAAAAUGUCAGAAUAGGUCGCGACCAUACUAUCUAUGCCACCACCCCGGGCUUCGUACGAUUCUACAAACAAAAGUGGCUACGAGGAGACCGGAAGUUUAUUGGUGUAGUUCUGCAUCGCGGCGAGAAGCUUCCAAGGGAUGAAACCUCGCUAGGUCGCAGUCGAUUCUUUGGCCUCGUCGACUUGAAUACUUUCGCUAAGAGCGGCCCAUCAUCACAAAACAGUGCAUGAGUGGAUUUUGAUUCGCCCACGGUUUCAGGAUGUCGGCUACACAACCGUCGUCGUAUUUUCUAGGCCCGUUGCACUCACCAUAGUACUGGGCAGUGCGCACUUUUUGCCAUAAUAUUUUUAGCGCAUCUUUUAUAUAUAGAUGAUAAAUCUCAUAUGCAUUGCUAUUGCUGGGUC